AUGACCAAAAAGAUUCUUCUUAUUAACGGCCCCAACCUCAACCUCCUAGGUACCAGGGAGCCCGAAAGAUAUGGUCAUACCACUUUGAAUGAUGUUGAGCUGGCUGCUAUCUCUCAGGUUGAGGCUGCUGGUGGCGAAUGCUACACGUUUCAAGCCAAUUCAGAGGGAGCUAUAGUUGACCGUAUCCAUGCUGCUCGAGAAGAGAAAGUUGAUUUUAUUGUCAUCAACGCCGGGGCAUACACACAUACACUGGUGGCUAUCCGGGAUGCUUUGUUGGGAGUGGACAUCCCGUUCAUCGAGGUCCAUAUUACCAACGUCCAUUCUCGGGAGCCGUUCCGCCACCACAGUUACCUUUGUGACAAGGCAGUGGGAGUCAUUUGUGGACUUGGUGUUUACGGUUACACUGCUGCUAUUAACUACGCUUUAGAUAAGAAAUGA